AUGGCAAUUAAAAAAGUUGAAAUCUCUACAAAAAAAACCCCCAAAGUUCAAAAACCAAAGAAAUCUAAUUUUGGACAACUUAAGGUCGGGGCUCAUUGCUUAGGACAAAUAACCCAUAUUAAUCAAAUGGAUCUAAGAAUUUCACUUCCUAAUCAACUUACAGGAUUGGUUUCAAUAAAUGAAAUUUCUGAUGAGCUAUCAGAAAUCAUAUUAUCUGCAUCAGUAAAAAGCAUAGAAGAUCAUGGUUAUGUUCUUUCGACAGGAUUUAAUAAUAUCAACACUUUCUUAAAUAAUAAAAAUUCACAAAGCUAUAUUAAAAAGUUUAAGAAUGGUAAUCAACUUACAAUUGGUCAAGUAUUAAUUGUCAGUAUCAUAAAUGUUGCAGAAAAUGGUCGAACUGUUAAUGUGACAGCUGAUAUUGAAACUAUAUCAAAAGACAAAAAAUUUGAACAAAUCAAAACAGAUAAACUUAUUUCUAAUAAAAAAUCCACUUAUGCAAUGGAUGUUGAUUUGAAUGAGGUCAAAAUAGGCGAGUUAUCCAAUGGUGAAAUAAUCCAAAUUAGUCAAGACUCAAUAACAAUAUCACUUCAACCAUCACAAAUUCGAGCAAGCUUAAGAAAUGGUCAUUUAUCAGAUCAUUUGACACCUUCACAUCUUUCUAAUAUGAUUAAAUGUUUAAAAAAAGGAGAUGUUUUGAAUGAUCUUCUAAUUAUUUCUAAAAAUGAGGAAAAACGGUUUGUAACUGUUAGUCACAAACCUUUAUUAAUUGAAGCAGCAAAAAAGAGUCAGUUACCUUCUUCUAUUGAAGAACUAUUAAUUGGUAAUGUUUAUCCAGGGUAUGUCAAGAGUAUUACUGAUUAUGCUGUGUUUGUUGGAUUUCUUGGAAGUUUAAGUGCCAAAGCUAUGAGACAUAAAGUAGCUGAAAAUUUUAUUUCAAGUCCAAUUGGAAUAUUUUAUCCUAAUCAAUCAGUUCUUUGUUUAGUGACUUCCAUUGAUUUAGAGAAUUCCAGAUGUGAAGUAUCAUUGAAACCUUCUGAAACACCUAUUAAAUCAUGCCCAUAUAUUUCUGAGGUGGAUUUUAUCAAAUCUUAUUUUAGUGAUAUUUUACCAAAAAAAAAUCAAAAAAAAGAUUUGAUCAAUCAAAAAGUCAAGAUAGGUGACAUAAUUAAGUGCAAGAUUAAACAAUUUUCAGAAUUAGAAUUUGGUGGUGGGUGGGUAGUUGAUGUAAUGUUAGAUGGUAAUAAUGACAAUGACAAUGAUAAAACAAUUAAAGGAAUUAUUAAUGAAGAGCAAGCUAAAACUAGAAGUGAUCUUAAAAAAGGUGAUGAAAUAUAUGGAAUGGUUAUUGAUUAUGAUAUAAAUGAAGAUAUUAAAAAAUUGGCAAAUAAGAUUGCUACAGAGACAUCUAUUGAAGCUUAUAUUGAGUUAGUAAAGGAAGAUUAUGUUGUAAUAUCAUUACCAGAAUAUGAAAAUUCAUUAGCAUUUGCUUCAACAAAAAGUUAUAAUUAUAGAUCAACGCCUUUUAUGAAAUUUAAAUUUGGACAAAAAGCAACUGCUCAAAUUUUUUAUUUGCCAAAUAACAAAGAAAAUAUCAAUAAUGAUGGACAACUAAUUGAUAGAGCAUUGGCAGUAUUGCAAUUACAAACCGAAGAAAGGUUGUCAUCAAUUAAUAAUAAUAAUUAUUAUAAAACAUUGAAUAAUUUUCAUAAAGGGCAAAUAAUCAAAGGUGAAGUUACUGGUGUAGAAAAAUAUGGUAUAUUUAUAAAAAUAAAUAAUAGUUUGGUUGGUGGGUUAUGUCACAUAUCAAAAUUGUCAGAUGAUUUUGUUAAAGAUGUAAAUAAACUUUAUAAAAUUGGGGAUAAAGUUAAAGCAGUUGUAUUGGAGAUAGAUCAUGAAAAACAAAAAAUCAGCUUUGGAUGCAGAAAAAGUUGUUUUGAAGGUAUUGAAGAUGGCGACAGUUGUGGUGAAUCAUCAAAUUCAGAGGAUGACUUAUCAAUGUCAGAAAAGAAGAAAAAGAAAAGGAAGAAAAAAAAGCUUGAAAUUGUGGAAGACCUUACAUUGGAUUUGUUAAAACAAAGGCCAGAAGUGAAUGCAGAUUAUGAAAGAUUAUUAUUGGGAUCCCCAAACUCAUCAUAUCUGUGGAUAAAUUAUAUGGCACAUCAACUAAAAUUAUCAGAAAUUGAAAAGGCAAGGGAGAUUGGAGAACGAGCACUUAAAACAAUAAAUUUCAGUGUAAGUAUGAGCGAAGUGUUGAAAAGAGCUUUAUUAUCAUGUGAUCCAAAAGAACUUUAUAUGACAUUAGUUGACAUUUAUGAAAAAAGUGACAAAGAAGAGGUAAUAAUUUAUUAA